AUGGCCCGGACGAACAGCUCACCAGCCCCAUCAGGAAGCCUGCGAUCAACUCGUUCGACGUACAACUCGCGUGUGACGCUGUAUGAACCUACCUCCACACCGACGAGCACCACAUCCUCCACUUCCAGCUUGACCCCGAUCAAACGCCGUUCUACUCGGUCCUCACCCUUGAAGCAAGAGGAUCAGCCCUAUCGAGAGGGACAGGAGGAAGUCAAGCCCCACCUCAAUAGAAAGAUCAGAAAGGAACCCUCCCCAAGGAAACCGACGGCUUUUGUGGUGAGAUUGGACAAGGCGCAUCCUGAACCCAAGCGAUGGAGGGAGGCGUAUGAGAUCAUUCGCGAGCAGAGACAGAGGGUUAGUUUUCUCAGAGCCUGUUGAAAAAGGUCCUUUCUGGGAGACUCACUUGUUUUUCGUUUGGUGCUCUAGAUUGUUGCACCCGUGGAUACUAUGGGGUGUGAACAGGGUGGAAGGGAGAGGGAUACCGCUCUGCCCUCGGACAAGGUGGGCCCCUCUGAUCCCAUCAAACGUACUCAGCUGCUCAUAGCACGGUCCACAUACUGCAUCUCAAUACGCGACAGGACAACCGCCUCUCAAUCCUCGUCUCGCUCAUGCUCUCCUCCCAAACCAAAGACCCCGUCACCCAUCAAGCCGUGAAAAACCUUCGCGAACAACUCCCCAAUGGUCUCUGCCUCGAUUCUCUCUUCUCCGCUACACCCGAACAAAUCGACGCAGCGAUCUGUAAAGUCGGCUUCCACAAUAUCAAAACAGCCAAUUUGAAGAAGCUUGCGAUCCGACUCAAGGAAAUGCACGGUGGGGACGUCCCUUCGGAUCUGACGCAAUUGUUGGCGAUCAAUGGCGUCGGACCUAAAAUGGCGAUCCUCUACCUCCAAGCGAUCGGUAUCAACGCCGGUAUUGGAGUCGAUGUACAUGUGCAUCGUAUUUCGAAUCGAUUGGGGUGGCAUAAACCGGCGACGAAUACGCCGGAACAGACCAGGCUGAACCUCGAGAGUUGGUUGCCCAAAGAGGAGCACCCCAAGAUCAAUUUGCAAGUUCCAAUCAGCACGGCCCAGAUUGAGACCUUCUACGAGCUGACCCGAGAUCCCUGUUUUUCAAUACCUUACAGGAUGCUCGUCGGCUUUGGUCAAGAGAUUUGUAAACCCGUUGGCCCUCGAUGCGACCUAUGCGACGUGGCCAAGGUGCCUCGACUUUGUCCUUCCAAGCGAUCGGUCGUCCCUCCUUCACCUCGCAAGACACCGAAAAAAGCGGAGGGGGAAGAAGAGGACCUGCCACCCCUACCACACUUGCCUAAGGUCGAGAUCGAAGUUGAUACCAGAGUUGAGGUCAAGAGGGAGGUCAUUGAUGGAGUCAUAGGAGUCAUAGCAACAACGGCAGGUAAGGAGACCGAAGUCAGGGCCAAACCCGAGCCUGAAUCACCGAACAAGCCGCUUGUUUGGUAG